AUGCUGCUGCUAGUUGCCGUUUUUGCUCACCUGCUGCCGCUGCUGCUGGUGCUGGUGCUGGUCAGCCCUGUUUCAGGUGCCUGUGGUGAGGAUGGGGUCUACGACUACAUCGUCAUCGGAGGUGGCACGGCGGGAAACGUGGUCGGCGCUCGGCUGUCGCAGGCUGGUCACAGCGUCUUGAUCGUCGAGGCCGGCGGGAUCUAUGAGCUCGACAAUGCGAACCUGACUAUCCCCCUCAUGUUUGGGGCCGUAACUGGAGGGAGCCCUGACACGAUUGAUCCCCGCGUCGAUUGGGGCGUGAUCACUACCCCUCAGCCUGGGGCGAACAACCGUCAGCUGCACUAUGCACGGGGCAAAACUCUCGGCGGCUCGUCGGCGAUGAAUGCCAUGCUAUACCAGCGAGGUACCAAGUCGACGUAUCACGCUUGGGCAGAAGCCGUCCAAGACCCCAGUUAUGAAUGGGACGAGAUCUUACCCUUCUUCGAGAGAACCUUCCACUUCACACCCCCCAAUCCAGACAAAGGCUUGCAGAACACGUCUAUUCACUGGAAUGCCAGUGCUUUCUCAUCCGAGAACCCCGUCGAGGGCUCGAUUCAGAUCUCUUACACCAAUUUCAGGUCGCCGUUUUCUACCUGGUUGAAAUUGGGCUUCGAGGAAUCUGGGAUAGCUGAAACCAAUGACUUCGUCAGUGGCAGUCUGAUGGGAACGCAAUAUUCUGCCGCUGAGAUUUCGCCGUUGGACGAGCGCCGUAGCAGUUCGGACUUUCUUCUAGGUCUUGCUGAUGAAGAGCAGUUUUUGACUGUCUGCACUCGAUCUCUGGCACGGCGCAUCUUGUUUAAUGACCAGCUUAAUGCGCAGGGUGUAGAGGUUGAAAAGGAUGGAAAGGUUUGGACGGCGUCGGCAGCGAGGGAGAUCAUUGUGUCUGCUGGAGCAUUCAACUCACCCCAGAUCCUCAUGGUGUCCGGCAUUGGAGCUCGCGAUCAGCUGGAGAGUCUGGAUAUCCCUGUGCUUGUAGAUCUGCCUGGCGUCGGUCAGAAUAUGUGGGACCAUGUCUUUUUUGCUCAAUCCUACCCGGUCGCCGUUGACACACUGACCAAGCUCUACACCGAUACAAGCUACAUGACUGAACAGAUCCUGAGAUACCAGACUUCUCACGAAGGACCCAUGACCUAUGCUCCCAAUUGUCUCGGCUGGGAGAAUCUCCCGGCUUCCUAUCAGGCCGAGUUUUCCGCCAAAACACAAGAAGAAUUGAGCAACUUUCCUGACGACUGGCCACAGGCUGAAUAUAUUGCAUUCGACGCGCAUGUUGGCAACUACAGCAAUCCCGCAGAGGGUCAGCCCAAAGAUGGACGACAAUACGCCUCCAUCGUCGGAGCUCUCGUGGCGCCAACAUCUCGCGGAAAUAUCACCCUCAUCUCGAACUCCACUGAGGAUCUGCCGGUGGUCAAUCCGAACUGGCUCACAAGCCAGACAGAUAUCGAUGUUGCGUUGGCCAUCUUCAAGCGAACAAGAGAAAUCUGGGCUAGUGAUGCCCUGCAGUCGAUCAUCACGGGCCCAGAGUACUAUCCCGGAGCAAACGUGACAACCGACGAGGAGAUUCUUGACGCCAUUCGCAACUCUGUCAUCACGGUGUGGCAUGCAUCCUGUACAUGUAAAAUGGGGCCUCGGGAGGAUCCCAUGGCAGUUGUUGACAGUGAAGCACGAGUUCACGGCGUCCAGGGACUGCGUGUGGUUGACGCGAGUGCAUUCCCUAUUCUGCCUCCUGGUCACCCCACUAGCACAGUCUGUCAGUUAUUAUCGCAUCAAGGGCCAUACAUGAAUCGUGCUAAUCCCUUAUACAGACAUGCUAGCUGA